CACUCACCAAGCUGGAGGUUUAGCUGGAGCACUCGGUUUUACCCGAGGCAGGACGCUUGUCUGCCGUUUAGCACGGCGUUUUUCAGGACGGACGGAUUACUUCUCUGCUUGGGUUUCACCGUGGUGGACGCGGAGGAGAUAAAGAGAGCGAACCUGUUCCAUUUUCUCAGUAAGCAGUGAGGAGCUCAGGGGAAAAUAGCUCCCGCGUUCUAGUAUAGUCGCUGGAAUGACGUCAUCAUAUGAUGUCAUCGGCUAAUUUACAUAUUCAUUUUAAUUGGCGGGAGCAUUUGCAUAUCAGCGUUUGUUGCAUGGAAUAAUAGGUGUAUUUUCUGGGGGAAAAAAAGAAUAGAAAAUAAGUAGGCAAAAAAAAGCUUGUGGAUGCGCUGUUAUAGGAAAACAAUCAACGUAUCGGGCUGCGUCACACCAACCAGUAGUUGAUAGUUUUCCUAUAACCACACAUUCUGAAGAACAAUUCACCAAUGAUUACAGUUUGAUUGUAUUAAUGAACACGACAUCAUUUUUUUUUUUUUAUCCCUUCAUACUUGCGUUUAUCGUGUGUCUUGUUCACGAGACCAGUUAUCUCAGUCCGUUAUACAGUUGAAUUUGGGGAAACCACUUGAUGCAUUCGUUGUGUUGAACUAUUUUCAAUUAAAUUUUAUUUGUAUAGUGGUUUUUACAAUGGAUAUUGUUUCAAAGAAGCUUUACAGAAACAUAUAAACACAGGAUACAGAUUUUAACCGUGUGAAUUUAUCCCAAUUGAGCGAGCCGGUGGCGAUGAAAAACUCCCUGAGAUGGUAAGACCUUGAGAGGAACCAGACUCCGAAGGGAACACGUCCUCAUCUGGGUAACAAUGCAUAGUGUGAAAGUAAAGGGAAGUUCAUUGUGGUUUUUAUGUGAAGUCUGUUUCAAUUCCUUUUGUUUGAUUUGUUCAUUACAAACAGCGGAAAGUCUUUAAAUUUUGACAAUGAAUCUGAUAUGCAGUGGGGGUUGAAUAAUAAUUUUGACUACAACACUACAGGGUGUCCCAAAAGUCCCCAUACACAAGGGACUGAAUAUGUUUGCCAGCAACACGUAGGUUGUACCUUCGGCAGUGGAAGUUCAUGGAGGUCCACUUCCAGGUCGGUCCGCAACACUUCCAGUCUUUUUGAAUUUGUUCAUUAGUACAACCGUCGAUCGGUGCCCUGAAUACUGAACUAGGGACCUGGUUCAGACACACCCAGAGCUAAAUAGAAUGUUCCAUGAUGCCCUUAUUAUUGCUUAAUACAAAGUAGGUUACAGAUUUCGGUAUUAGGCUCGGUGAAUACCAAAAAACUUACCUGGAGUUGGACUGAGAAAAUUAUAUCGAUGCGUUGUUAAUCAAAGAUAUCGACCGUAUGAUCACUACAGAACGGUUUUCAUAUGGAAAAUGGACAACGGAACAAAUAAUAGCAGAGUAUAGAGAUGUCGUUACAGGUCAUGGCUGUCCGGACCGGGAAUUCUACAUGCCCUCUUUAAAGUGUGCGACACUUCCAGAGAGAAGACUGACCUGAUGAAUCCUGAAAAAGGAGCUGGGUCCAACCAGGGUCCAACCAGAGUCCAACCCUUACUGCCCAGAGGAAGCCACGAAAAGAAGAUUCAACAAAGCGACUGGUGCAAGACCUUCAGCCCACAGAGCCAUCAAGUCUCAUUACUGAUUUACUGGAUUUUAUCUUUAGGUGCACACCUCCACCUGUACACAGAGACAUUAAGUCUAAAAAAAAAAUAAAUAAAUCACACAGCAGAAAUUCUUAACACACUUCUCACUCACCUGAGCAUGGCCUCAAACCCUGUUCCUUUUACUGACCCACCAGUCCAAACAUAACACAUGUGUUUCUCAGACGGUUUAUAUUUCACUUUACACCACCUACUGCUGCAGUUAAUACAAGGAGACAUCACAAACCAAAUCUGACAGAAGCCUUGAACUAACACGCACACACUCUCUAUCUAUAUAUAUAUAUAUAUACACACACACAGAAAAUGACAUUAGGCGGGAGGGUAGUGAAAUUCACUGCUGCUAAAUAAAACCUGUCCAAAAGUACCUAGAAAAUAGAAGUUAGGGGGUGUGUGGUGUUUCAUGUGUUCUCUCUUCACGACCAGCUUCUUAUCUCACAAAAAUGUGAAGUGUAUUCAUGCACUCCACCCUGUGUGUUCAAGUUCGGGUUCUGUGGGGGAGGUGAGUGACAGCUUUAGGAGCAUGACUUGUUUGACAAACAAAGUAACUGAAAAAGAAAAGACUGGUUUGUUUGAUUUUGUUUACAAACUUGUUUGUUUGUUUACUUACUGAUUGGUAAGUAAGUUUGGAAGAGGUGCUUGGGUGGUGUAUGCUCUCUGAAAUAUGUGAGUGUAUACACAUGUACGUUUCUCUUUUUCUAUGAGGGACAAUAAACAAACAAUGUGUCAAAUGACUAUAUCCCAAAAAUGUACUGUGUUGUGUUUUUGACUGUUUUCUGCCUGGGCUCUACUCAUAAUUCCUCUUCAGGGUUAUCAGGUGUUGGACACAGUAACUUUGUCUUGCCUUUGCCUUCUUUAUAGGCGUUAGCUCUCCAGCUUAAGCCUAACGUCACAGUUUUGUAGUCCUCAAUGUAGGUUUCGUUUCAGUGUAACAGCUCCACCUCUCAGCUGAUCCUAUAAUUAGCCUCACCAGCGUCUGACUGCAGUGUGGAUACGAUGGUCUCUCCAAUAAUGAUAACAGCUGCAGUCGGAGCAGCCUGCUCCGUGGUGUUAGCUCCAGUUGUGAUUUCGGCUGCUGGUUUCACCACCGGUGGCAUCGCUGCAGGAUCCGUCGCAUCAUCAAUGAUGUCAUCAGCAGCCAUCGCUAACGGCGGUGGUGUGGCAUCGGGCAGUAUGGUCGCCAUCUUGCAGUCUUUUGGUGCGGCCGGCCUGACUAAGGCUGCCACAGCUGCAGUGGUGUCUGCAGGAGCAACAGUCGGUGGAGUGGCCGGGUGGGUGGGCAAGAUGCUCAUUCGCUGAAAACACACACACAAAAACACUUGGGAAAACAUUAUGUGCUUUCUUGGGCUUAAAUAAACUUCAAUCAGCCAUUUUUUUUUUCUUUUUAUCACGUGUUUGAUUGAACAAAUACCCUUUAAAUAGGUUUUGAGUGAUUCCAUGAUUGCGAUGCUGUUGCUAUGCCUUAUAAAUCUUAAAAAUGAAACAUUCAUUAUGAGAAAGAAUCACUUUAACUAUCAAAGAAAUCUGUUAACCUGCAUCAGGCAACAAUCUCAUUUUCUUGGCUGAAAACCAGACAUGUUCACAAGUCCAAGUCAAGUCUCAAACCUUUGUUCUAUUUUUAGCAAUAGUUCAUUCAACUAGUUAUUGUACGAAUCUUGUUCAUUUAUUCAAAAUUGUCUAAUAAAGCACACAAAGUUGUACUUAAAUCAUUAGUUUAAUUUUUAUACACAAUCACAAAAACGAUUACUUUGAAACUAUUAAUAAUGGUAACUCGGAACUCAAUUUUUAAGUCAUUUUUAAUGGAACGUCAGUUUGAAGCAAUCUUACAGCUUGACUAGCUUGAUUACUCUCCCUUCAAAGUGCCCUUCAGAGGAUAAAUUAUACCAUUUGGAACACAGGGACUGUCAUCACGAAAAAAAAAAAAAAAAAAUCAAACAUGCCAUGUAUUUUGAGCUAUUUGAGUUGCCGUAGUUUGCUGUAGUUCUCAAGCAAUCAUGGGUAAGGUAGUUUUCCAGUGAGUGCCAAUGGUAAGAAAACUCCCCGGUAUAGAUGCAAUUUAUCUUGGUAAACUUGGAUAUCAUAUGCAUAUGGUAACUAAUACUGGGGGGGGGGGGUAUGAAAAGGACAUGGAAACUUUUAUACUUCUUGAAAUUGGGACAGCGAGCAAGACCUCGAGAGCUGUGUAACACCACAGUUUCCCUUUACAUGAAUUGAUUAGUUUUCAAAUUAAUUCACACAAAUAUUCUCACAAGGUAAAUGUCGCCUAUAUUGUUAUUGUUUGUUGCUCACUUAUAUAACAGCACUUUUCCAAUGGGUGAUGAACACGCGCCUUCAGAUGCGUCACGCGUGUAUAUAAUAAUGCGGGAUUGGUGUGCGCACAUACUGACAGGGAAUGAACGAAUGAAUGAGGAAUAGAAAAUGUGGUGUUUGAUGCUGUCAUAUGGUGUAAUAAACAGAGAACAUAAUGGGGAAUGCCAAACCAAAAUGACUUGUUUUUCAUGAGUUUACGAGUCCAAGUCAAG